AUGAAGCUCUUUGAUAAACCGCCAGCUGCUAUCAGGAACUUGUUUUGUUGGGAGCUGAUAUUAUGGGCCAAGCUUGAGGAUGGAGCUUCACAAGAAAGAGGGAGGGGGAAGGGCAAAGGGGAGGAGAAGGGGAAAGGGAGGAGAGGGGUGGCGGGAGGUGGCAUUGGAGGAGGUGCUGGUGGAGGAGCCGAUGGUGGUGCUGGAGUUGGAGGAGGUGUAGGUAGUGGUGCUGGUGCUGGUGCUGGUGGUAGCGUUGGAGGAGGUGUUGGUGGAGGAGCAGGUGGAGGAAAAGGUGGUGGUGCAGGAGGUGGGGCUGGUGGCGGAGUUGGAGGUGGAGCAGGCGGGAGAGUAGGAGGAAGGACUGGUGGAGGCAUUGGCGGUGGUGCCGGAGGUGAAGCAGGUGGAGACGUGUGGCCGGUGGCGGAUUAG